CCGCCGCCAAGUGUUUCUGUGCGCUGGAACGUUCGACAACGGUGGCCAUUUCACGCGAUUACGCGUUUUUACGGCACACUUCUUACCUCACCAUCUGCCAUCGUGCCCAUUGCGAUUGUGUCGAUCUGAGAGUGUUGGUGCGAACGGGAGAGCGGCACGCGAAUCUGGGUGCCUAGUGCGUGUGAGUGUGUGCGUGAGAAAGGGAUAGUGAGUGAGCGCUAGCAGAAACGAGUGUGAGUCAGGGGCAGCACGUUUUGUUCAAUUCCCAGCAGCAGUUUUGCUUUUUUCCCUAUACGAAAAUGGCGUCGAUAGAUUCCCAGUCGAAGAAUCGUAUGCAGGGAUUCAAAAACAAAGGAAAGGAUCAGGAUGAAAUGCGACGUAGACGAACGGAGGUCACGGUGGAGUUGCGCAAAAAUAAACGCGAAGAGACGAUCCUCAAGCGGCGCAAUGUCCCACAGACGGCAGAAUCUACCGACGAGGAAGACUACACACUGAUGUCCAACCUGAAGAAGCUGGUCGAGAAGGCAGGAAACAGUGAAGACAAAGAGGGCCAGUUGGCCGCUGUACAGGCCGCCCGCCGGCUACUGUCCUCGGACCGUAAUCCGCCGAUUGACAGUCUCAUCGACAGUGGUAUUCUUCCAACGUUAGUCAAUUGUCUCGAGCAGGACGAUAACCAGGUGCUGCAGUUUGAGGCGGCGUGGGCCCUCACAAACAUUGCAUCGGGCACGGCCGCACAAACGAACCAGGUCGUACGCGCCGGUGCCGUUCCACUCUUCCUGCGGCUGCUCAAUUCGCCCGCACCAAACGUGUGCGAACAGGCCGUUUGGGCGCUUGGCAACAUCAUCGGCGACGGGCCGAGCCUGCGUGACUACGUGAUUAAGCUGGGCGUGGUGCAACCGCUGCUGUCAUUUAUUCAGCCGGAAAUUCCGAUCCCCUUCCUGCGCAACGUCACGUGGGUGAUUGUGAACUUGUGCCGCAACAAGGAUCCGCCACCGCCGGCCGCCACGAUUCUGGAGAUUUUGCCAGCCCUGAACAUGUUGAUCCACCACACUGACAUCAACAUCCUGGUCGAUACGGUGUGGGCGCUGAGCUAUCUGACCGAUGGUGGCAACGAGCAGAUUCAGCUCGUCAUUGACAGUGGUGUGGUGCCGAAGCUAAUCCCGCUUCUGUCGCACGUCGAGGUGAAGGUACAGACGGCUGCGUUACGUGCAGUGGGCAACAUCGUUACAGGAUCGGAUGAUCAGACACAGGUCGUGCUGAACUGUGACGCCCUGUCACACUUCCCGAAACUGCUGACGCACAGCAAGGAUAAGAUUCGCAAGGAAGCCGUCUGGUUCCUGUCCAACAUUACGGCUGGCAACCAGUCGCAGGUGCAGGCCGUUAUUGACGCUGGUCUACUGCCGAAGGUCAUCGAGAACUUGAAGCACGGCGACUUCCACACGCAGAAGGAGGCGGCAUGGGCGAUCAGCAACCUCACGAUCAGUGGCAACCGUGAACAGGUCGCACAGCUGAUAAACGAUGGUGCUGUCCAACCGUUCUGCGAUUUGCUCAUGUGCCAGGAUUGUCAAGUGAUCAAUGUUGUACUGGAUGGCAUUAACAACAUGCUGAAGUUGGCUGGACCGCACGCCGAACACGUCGCCAAUCUGAUCGAGGAGUGUGACGGUGUGUCAAAGAUUGAAGUGUUGCAAAAUCACGAAAAUGUUGAAAUCUACAAGCUCGCAUACGACAUCAUCGAGCAGUUCUUCUCGGAUGAUGUUGAUGAAGCAGUUCUCGAGGACCUCAGACCGGCAUCGGACGAGAACGCGUUCCAGUUUAAUCAGAAUCCGAACAUUCCCCGCGAUGGAUUCAACUUCUAAACCGAGCG